GAUUAAUUGUUUUUGCAUACUGUUCCAGAGGUUAUCAUGGCGACGGAUAUCCAUUCGAUGGAAAAGGCCAGAUUCUGGCACACGCGUUUUUUCCUGGCAGAGACCGUGGCGGAGACGUUCAUUUCGACGAGGAGGAAGUAUGGUUGUUGCAGGACGACAACACCAACGAAGAAGGGACCAGCCUUUUCGCGGUGGCCGCGCAUGAAUUUGGCCACUCUCUUGGCUUGGCACACAGCUCGGUUUCUGGAGCGCUCAUGUAUCCCUGGUAUCAGGGAUUGAGCUCUAAUUACGAGUUGCCGGAUGACGACAGGCUCGGAAUUCAACAAAUGUACGGUGCACCCGAAGAGAAACUGUGGGCCGAAUUACCAGGUGGCCCGGCACCACCGGAACGACCUACAACGCCCCGGACAACGACGACAAGCGUUGGCACGACCUACAGGCCGUGGAGAACACGGCCAACCAAGCCAAAUCGCUUCCCUCAAAAGCCGGAAAGGCCAGAAGAUAGACCUCAGAGGCCUCACAAACCUCACAAACAUCACACCACUUCCACUACUACUACCACCACCACCACCACCACUACUACUACCACUACGACAACGACCACCGCUACUACCACCUCCGUCACCACCACGACCACCUCUGUCAGAACACCGUACACGCAGAGGCCGAGGUACCGGGGGACAUCGCCGCCUCCCAAAAACGACAAACCGGACAAAUGCGAUACCAGCUACGACGCCAUCAGCAUCAUUCGCAGGGAGAUUUUCGUCUUCAAAGGACGAUAUCUGUGGAGAAUCGGCGACCAAGGAUUGUAUCAAGGAUAUCCGGCGGAGAUCACACGUCUGUUCAAUCUGCCUGAGAGCAUUGAUCACGUGGACGCAGUUUACGAGAGGCCGAAUAAGAAGAUCGUGUUCUUCAUUGGCAAAAAGUACUACGUUUUCAACGCCAACAAUCUCGAGCCAGGUUAUCCAAAACCAUUGACCAAACUCGGAUUGCCCGAGUCGUUGGAGAAGAUCGACGGAGCGAUGAUCUGGGGACACAAUGGGAAAACUUACUUUUUUAGCGGAUCAAAGUAUUGGAGCUUCGACGAGUCUGUAAACUACAUAGAACUCGACUAUCCAAGAAACAUAAGCAUGUUCGCUGGUAUCGGAACCGACAUCGACGCUGUUUUUCAAUGGAAAAACGGAAAAACAUAUUUCUUCAAGGGGAAAGGCUUUUGGGAGUUCGACGACCAAAGGAUGAGGGUUGCGCACGAAAAGCAAAAGCUGUCAGCUCCAGUUUGGAUGGGCUGCCCUCCAGAACUGGAAACGAACGACGUCGAAAAUUAUCCAAGGAAGAAAAUAAUGCCUUCGAGCAGCGCAUCGACAAGAUCGAGCCUUUUCCUUGGGAUAUUCUUUAUAGCAUACUUUAAUAAAUACUUGUAAACUGUGAUAUUUACGUAGAAUAACGUAAUUAAGUGUAUAAAUACGCCGUGCGUGCACGCGCGUGCGGCCCAAUCUACACGCGACCAAAUUUUAAAACGCGCACACACGCGCACACACACGUACACUUCCUUUAUACCGAGAAUAUAUAAAAUAAUUUUAAUAAAGUCAUUUUUAAAUAAUUUUCGGCGAAAAGGUUUUGAUAAUAAACGAUGACGUAUCCUGAUUUGC